GCUCCUGCUUUCCCCUCAUCCCAUCACUGCUGUCAGAGGUGUGGACAGACAAGCUGCCUCUCAGCCUGAGCAAGUAGAGGAGCAAACAAUGGCGGCUGGGGAGGGGAGGGAGGAGACAGAAGCAGACAAGGAGGAGAUGAAUUCAGACUCAUUCUUCACAGAGAACCAUGCGAGAAAAGCCAUGGUCAAAGGCCUUCAGGUCACAGUGCCCGACAAGAAGAAGGUGGCCAUGCUCUUCCAGCCCACUGUGCUUCGCUGCCACUUCUCUACAUCCUCUCAUCAGCCUGCAGUUGUGCAGUGGAAGUUCAAGUCCUACUGCCAGGAUCGCAUGGGAGAAUCCUUGGGCAUGUCCUCUACCCGGGCCCAAUCUCUCAGCAAGAGAAACCUGGAGUGGGACCCCUACCUGGAUUGUUUAGACAGCAGGAGGACUGUUCGAGUGGUAGCUUCAAAGCAGGGCUCGGCCAUCACCCUGGGAGAUUUCUACAGGGGCAGAGAGAUCACGAUUGUUCAUGAUGCAGAUCUUCAAAUUGGAAAGCUCAUGUGGGGAGACAGCGGACUCUAUUACUGUAUUAUCACCACCCCGGAUGAUCUGGAGGGCAAAAAUGAGGACUCAGUGGAACUGCUGGUGUUGGGCAGGACAGGGCUGCUUGCUGAUCUCUUGCCCAGUUUUGCUGUGGAGAUUAUGCCAGAGUGGGUGUUUGUUGGCCUCGUGCUCCUGGGCAUCUUCCUCUUCUUCGUCCUGGUGGGGAUCUGCUGGUGCCAGUGCUGCCCUCACAGUUGCUGCUGCUAUGUCCGCUGCCCAUGCUGCCCAGAUUCCUGCUGCUGCCCUCAAGCCUUGUAUGAAGCAGGGAAAGCAGCAAAGGCCGGGUACCCUCCCUCUGUCUCCGGUGUCCCUGGCCCUUACUCCAUCCCCUCUGUCCCUUUGGGAGGAGCCCCCUCAUCUGGCAUGCUGAUGGACAAGCCGCAUCCACCUCCCUUGGCACCAAGUGACUCCACUGGAGGAAGCCACAGUGUUCGCAAAGGUUACCGGAUCCAGGCUGACAAAGAAAGAGACUCCAUGAAGGUCCUGUACUAUGUUGAGAAGGAGCUGGCUCAGUUUGAUCCAGCCAGAAGGAUGAGAGGCAGAUAUAACAACACCAUCUCAGAACUCAGCUCCUUACAUGACGAGGACAGCAAUUUCCGCCAGUCUUUCCAUCAGAUGAGAAGCAAGCAGUUCCCAGUGUCUGGGGACUUGGAGAGCAAUCCUGACUACUGGUCAGGUGUCAUGGGAGGCAGCAGUGGGGCAAGCCGCGGGCCCUCAGCCAUGGAAUAUAACAAAGAGGAUCGGGAGAGCUUCAGGCACAGCCAGCCGCGCUCCAAGUCUGAGAUGCUGUCGCGGAAGAACUUCGCCACGGGGGUGCCGGCCGUCUCCAUGGAUGAGCUGGCGGCCUUCGCUGACUCCUAUGGCCAGCGGCCCCGGCGGGGCGACGGCAACAGCCACGAGGCGCGGGGCGGGAGCCGCUUCGAGCGCUCGGAGUCGCGGGCGCACGGCGGCUUCUACCAGGACGACUCCCUGGAGGAGUACUACGGCCAGCGCAGCCGCAGCCGCGAGCCCCUGACCGACGCCGACCGCGGCUGGGCCUUCAGCCCCGCGCGCCGCAGACCGGCCGAGGACGCGCUCCUGCCGCGGCUGGUGAGCCGCACGCCGGGCACCGCGCCCAAGUACGACCACUCGUACCUGGGCGGCACGCGGGAGCGGCAGCCGCGGCCCGAGGGCGCCAGCCGCGGCGGGAGCCUGGAGACGCCGUCCAAGCGGAGCGCGCAGCUCGGCCCGCGCAGCGCCUCCUACUACGCGUGGUCGCCGCCCGGCACCUACAAGGCGAGCUCGUCCCAGGACGACCAGGAGGACGCGUCCGACGACGCGCUGCCGCCCUACAGCGAGCUGGAGCUGACCCGCGGCCCUUCCUACCGCGGCCGCGACCUGCCCUACCACAGCAACUCGGAGAAGAGGAGGAAAAAGGAGCCCGCCAAGAAAACCAAUGACUUUCCAACCAGGAUGUCCCUUGUGGUCUGAUGUUGUCAACAUUUCUCUGGAUGACUAGAAAUCAGACAUGGACUACAGGGACAAGACACAAAUCCAAGAGCAAGCAGGCCCAGGACCUUCUCUGGCCAUCACCUUGGAAGAUUUGCUCAUCUCUGCUUUGGCAAGGGAUGGGAGGCAGCCUUUAAGAGAGGCUGAUUUCAAACCUCUGUGCCCAUCUAACUAGUUUGAGAAACUUAGGAAGAAAGCAAGAAUGUGUGAGAACAUUCCUACAUUCAGAGUUUCUCAACCAUAGCGUUUAUUCUGCCCAGCCUCCUCCUUAGCAGAACCAGAACUCUAUUUCCAAUUCUGAAAGAGACUUAGCCCUGGACUGCUAAUCUCCAGAAACUGUCUAUGCCUACAAUAUGCUUUUCUACACCUCCUGUGCUAUACUUAGAAGAAUUUAUUACUACUAGCAGAAGAAGGCCUUCUGCUGACAAGGGAAGAUAGCUUCAAGUCAAAAUAUACCUUUUAUCCGCAUCACUUUCCAGUCACUAGUCAAUGACCGUUGUUACACUAAAAUCAAAAGGCCUUUGGUGAGCUCAGUGACAGUGACCUCUGGGACAAUCACAGAAAUGACUUCAAUUUGUUGUUCUGAAUGACAAUACUUGAGUGGCUAGGACAAAGCAAAAGCGAGUAUACCUUUUUGAAAAGCUGUCUAAGUGGUAUUUCCUUUUCCAUCCUGAGAACGUAAACUGCUUUUUUCAUUUCUGUUGCACAUGUCAGCAUCUGAGUCUUAGACAUUAAGGGCUCUUCUCUCUCAAGACCCUGUCCUGGACUUUCCACAAGUUGGUGCCACACACAGAGCCCUGCCUCCCUCUGCACUCUGGUUAGAUUGUCAUCGGGUGCCUUGGAUAAAUGCUUAAAAUACACACAUGAAGGAGAAGAGAGGGAAAAAGAGGAGAAAGCAAUAAUGCAUGUAUAAAAGAAUGAGAAGGAAUUUAAGAGGGAAAUAACGUCGUCUCAUUAUACUUUGAAUGUGGACCAGUUCCCCCACAAACUUCACUCAGUCUUUUCUGGCUUUGUGCUUCACUUACCAUUAAUUGUUUCUGCCAUCCCAGUUCUUCCAUUCUAGGACAUGGGGGUUGUGGAACAUACAGCUUUUGGCCUGACUAGACUGCCGCUAUGGAUGCUUUCAAGAAAUAAGAGAUACUGCUUUCUCAGGAAGGAGUACUUCCUAUUUCCACCCUUGCCUAAAUGAUAGAUUUUGCAUAAGUCCCAAAAUUAGAUCUCUGGAGUUUAUAGUUUGUGUAGAUUGCAAAAAAUGGCCACAAACACUUCCCUUCUCAUCAAGAGGUGCCAUCUUUUUCCCUUGAAUCUGGAGUUGGCUGUGUGAUUUGAUUUAGCCAGUAGCCCAACAAAUGUGACACAAGCAGAGACUUGAAAAGUUCUUGUGCAUGGGGCUUGUCCUCUUUUGCUGUUCUUGGGAACCUUGCAACUACCGCCAGGUGAGCAAGCCUGGACUAUCCUGCUGCAUGACAAAAGAAAAGGGCCCACUUACCUGUGUCUUCCUGUCUGACAGCCCAUCAACUUUCAGCUGAUUGCAGACAUAUGAGUGAGUCAAGCUAAUACCAACGGAAGAACUGCCUAGCUGAAUGUAGCCCAAAUUUCUGAUUCCUACCUGAGGCAUGAGAAGUUGAUGCAUUCUUUAUGUUCUCUUCAAGAACAAACCUGACGCUUUCUUGUCUGAAUGUUCAUCCCUGAAUCCCGUACUCCAUCCAAACUUGUGUUUCUCAUAGCCUCUGCUUUUGUUGACAGAUUUUUAUCAAAGCUUUUCACCUGAACCCUUGUCGAGUACAUGUUUGGGUCAAAUCAGUGGAGGAUAAUGCCUGACUUUGCUGUUCCUUAAUCCAGCAGUGGGUUAUUCCCUGUCGGAUCCGUGGACAACCUCUGAAGAAGGUCUCUUUUUUUACCAUCUUUUUUGUCUUCUCCAGAGCCACCCCACUGGAGCUAGGCCCUGUUCUCAGAGUAUCAUUCCUCUAGUAUCCAUGUAUACUUCAUGAUAUUUCCAAAAAGAAGUCCUGUGUUCGCAGUGAAAUAAAGAAGUGCCUGGGUGAGGGUCGGGGCGAUGAGCUGGUAGGUGUCAUUGCUUGGAGAAUUGACCUACCAAAGGACUUUCCUGUUGCUUUGACAAGUCUUGGAGAUAUCAGGAAAACAGUUGAACUCAGUGCUGGCACUUCCAAGGGCCGGAAUACACAAGCCAUAACUGAGUCUCAGACUUGCUGGUGUCCCUGGCCUCUGAAAGCUUAGGUCUAGCCUGUGUGUUUGGACCCCAGUUCAGAUGGAAAAGAUGAUAAAAAACUUCUUAGUCACCAGCUUUGGAUUUCAACUUGCUCAGGCAAUUUUGGAGAAUAUUGGGUAGCUGUGGUAGCUAUUAUCGCUUUAUACUGAGCACUGUGUCAGGCUUUUCACCACCAAAGAGCCUCAUAGCACCAGCUGCAGAGACCAAAAAUAAUGCUUUUUUAAAGUUUCAGGCAUGUAUGAUUUUGGUGAAGUUUGAGGGUAGCAAUGGGAAAGAAUUAAAGAAUUAUUAAAUUUGGAAACCUGCAAUUCCAAAGACAACAAAACUACAGAGAGACUGAAAAAUACAAAGAAGAUAGCAGGCUACUGAAAUAACCUGGGGAGUUGGGACCAGGUUGUCCUUUGUAGAACUGCAUAAAUCAUUCAGACUUUCGGGCCUUCAGUGGAGAGAAAAAGCAGUUGUUUCUGGGUAUAUGGACAAGAAUUGAGGCUGAGUUGACAAGUCAAAGCUUGCUGUGUCAGCACCCCUGACUUUCCUCUAUGUGUCCUUUUGUUUGUUCUUCCUUGAAUAGUGUGUCCUGCAUAGGAAAUGCUUAUAUUUGUUAGCUUCUUUGUGUAAGACACGAUCUCUGUCCACUAGGACCCUGUAAAAGGGGAAAUAAGACAUGCUGAAGAAAGGAGAUUUUAUAGAGAGAGUAUGAAAUAGUGCUACAGAUAAAUUAUAAUAAACCCAGAGAUUUAGUUUUUUUAAAAACAUAUAUGGGAAUACUUUGAUAUUAAAGUGUUGUGUGUGUUUGUCCAUCAUCUCAUUAAAAAUAUGCUCAGUGAUCUGAAAAGCCAAUAUGCAAAAAUCUGAACUGAAACGAGGUGAAUUAAGAUCAGGAAAGGGUGAGCAGCAGGGGUCCCGGAGGGAUGAUGCAUAAGCUGCAGUGCUUGCCUAUGAGUCACUACUGAGUCAGGAACACGCUGGAGGAGGAAGUGUGGAUGCAGGUGGCAAGGAGGUGUCCCCUGGUAGAUGAGCUGUUCCUGUAGGCCAUGCAUGGAUUCAUUAGGAAGCUGGAGACAAUGGCCAUGCACCUGGUGGUGCGUGCCAGCUAUUCCAUCCAAGCAUGCUCACAGGGAGCUCUGUGUCGGCUGCUCCUGGGGCUCAGUUCUGCGACUGUGAGUGCUGCUGCCCAUCUUCACCAACAAAGGGCAGGUUUCACAGAGAUGAUAGGCCUCUCAUCUCCCUUCUCAUGAUCCUCACUGUGCACUUGACAUAGGAUUAGGCAUACUGGAGAUGGGAAAAGACUGCCACCCAAACCCAAGGCACUGACCACAUCUGUAAAUUGAAUAGUCUGCAAAAUUUCACAUAGGUAAUCUGAUUAGAUCUUGCCUUUAAGGGAAGCUAAAGUCACAGAUACUGUUGUAAUUUACCAUCACCCUCAAUCCAAUUUUUUUUUAAUAGGUAAAGAGACCAUCAUUGCCGUUAAUGAAGUCACAAACCUAUUAGGUCUUAAGACUGUUAAUCUCUGGAUUUUUUCUGUUCAUCAGUGGAAAAAAAUCAUUCCCAAAGUUGCCUAACCAUAAGAAUGAACUUGAUUGCUGCUAUUAAAAAGGUAUUGUUGGGCCCAGCCUUGGAGAUUGAUUGGGUGGGUCUAGAGCCAGAAUUCAUACUUUUAAUAUGCAUUAAAGUAUGAUCUCAGGAGACUCCUGAGAUCAGAUGCGUUUGGAAAUUGUUGCACUAAGUCAUACCUCUGGUGUAUUCCAAACAGCUAGUCCCGAGGCUUCCUUGGGCCUUAGAACUUUUUUCCUCAAAUAUCCUGGUGAGGUCUCUCUCAUUCCCUUGGGGCUGGCAGUGGUGAGACACCCAAAAAUCUGGCUGUGAGCCUGAUGGGCUCACCAGAGUGCAGUAGUAGUGGUGGUAAAACUGUCAGGCAGAGAGAAAGGAGUGUCGGGAGCACUCCUAGGGAGCCUGUUGUAGAUGUUUCCAUUACAGAAUAGUGAUUUAUUGUGACAGUCUCAGAACAGACAACAAGAAUUAGAGGUAAUUUUCUCAUUCCCUUGAUAUGUUUUUGGCAAAAUUGAAAUCAUGAAUAGAAGAAAAAGAGGGCAUUGGGGAAAUGGAAAAAAUCAUUUUAUAAAGCAUACAAAUUAUAAGAGUGGUCAAUAGCACUUCCUCUUUGGUCUUACCCAAAGUUGGGUGGGCAAGAAUAAUAAAAACCCCCAUUAUAUAUCCUUCCAAAAUCAGACUUAAAUGCUGCCAGCAUCUUACUAGAAGUCUGAAAUUGAUCGAUAGGAUGUAGCAAUCCAAAUUCACUAAAAUAGGGGGCCAGCUACUUAAAGUCCUAGAAGGAAGAAGUGCCUAGUUUUUUUCUGCCAGUAUCCUACCUCCUAGUCAUCUGGGAAACUGAUCUAUGAAGCUUGAAGAAGGGGCUUUGAAUAUCAGAGUGGCGCAAGGGUGAUGAUGAGCUGCUUUAAGCAGCAGCCUUUGUUUUAGCACUAUUUGAGGGGGAGAAGGUUAAUACUAAUAAUAUUUGUGUUAUUUUCAUGGUAUAUUACUGUUUACAUGCAUUAUCUCAUUUGAUCCCAACAUCAACUCCUGUGAUAGAGGCAGGGCAAAUGUGUGGUCUCAUUACACAGAAUGUAAAACUGAGGUUGAAAAAUAGUAAGUGACUUGUCCAUAAUCAGAUGGUUUUUAAAAUUAUAAAGCCAGGCCUUCUGACCAUCUUGUCUAGAGUCCUUUCCAAUUCCUAUGGGACUGGAAUCUGGCUGUUUCUCUUCACAGCCAAGCAUCUGGUGAGAAGAGCUGUAGACUUGAUGUUUGUUCAUAUGUCAUGGAUGUGGUGAAGCUGUGAGGACAGAUACUGUUACUGCUUCAUCCAGCUGGGCACCAUUCAUUCCUCAAAUGC